CAGAACAACAAACUCCCCAAUUUCACCUCUAUAUAGACUUAAUACACAAAACCAAAACUAAAAUAUCUCCUCAAACUAAACAAUAUCUUCUACAACCUUUCCAAUCAUAACCCACCAAAAAUCCAAAACCUUCUCCAAGAUAAAAUCAUAAAAAUCAUAUAGCCCACGAUUUUUUUCCCCACGAAGCUUAUCGCCCUUAAACUCCUUGCCCCUCCCCGCGUGUUCUCGACUUUCGCCUCUCGCUUGAUAUCAUGUGACUGUUUGGCCGAAGGCAUCGCUGAGUCAGCAGACGGUCCGUCUCUCGCCGAAAGCAACUUUCAACUUGCGGAGAUACAUACAUAUCUACUACAUAAACAAAAAUCAUAUUUGUUGUCACUCCUACCUUAUCUAAUAAUCUACCAUUGAAAUUCAUAAAAAUGUUCUCCCACUCCUUCACCCCCCUCAUCCGCUCCCGGAUCCCCAUCACUCAGCGGGCCUCCCUGUCCACCUCCACUGCCAGAUGGAGCCAGGACUCGUCAUCAUCCAGUGCUUAUAGGGAAGGAAUGGCCCGCUACAAACUCUUUGUGAGUCCCUUUGCCAAGGUCUUUCUCGGUGCCAUCUUCACCUAUCAGGUCAUCCACUGGACAUGGCUGAAGUUGGAGAUGGAUGAAUCUAAGGCGGAGAAGAAUAAGGAGGUAGAGGCGCUGGAGAAGAAGGCUAAGGAAUUGACCGGCGCGCAAAAAUAAGCGUUUCAUCGCCUCGUUCAAUUGGUUUAUUACUUGUGUCUCGGAGUGUAUAUAUACCCCUACUUAUCUUAUAUUUAUAUAUUUAUGUCU